AUUCAGAGAAGAGCUUCUAGAAAAGAGAAAACAGAGAUCAAAACCACUUGAUUUCCUCAGACUUACCUGCGAAUGGUGAUCCAUGGCUCCAGAGCCAGUUCAUUCAGGUGGAGCUUCACAGCUUGAAUUCCUAUCUCCUCUCAAUGAGGAGGGAGCUCGGGCGAGUGACAAUGGGACACUUGCCUUCCAGGACGUCGAAGCUGAAAACCGUUGGAGAGUCUUUGACUGAGGAAGAGAGGGCUGCGCGUUUGCUCGAAUCGUAUCGGGACAUGGACGAGGAGGUAGAGGAUUGUGAAGUCUUCCUUCGGGUCUAUUUGAAACUGCAAUCGCAUGUUAAUGCUAGAAUUGGUAGCGGAGCAAAGAAUUCGACUGCAUUUCUGAAGGCUGCUACGAUGACAUUGCCUCACACCAUCAGUGGAUCUGAGAAAACGUCCUAUGUUGCUCAUAUAAACAACUACCUAGCAGAAGAUCAGUUCUUGAUGAGAUACCUUCCUAUAGAUCCUUCCACUAAUGAUCUCUUCGAGAUUGUAAAAGAUUGCGUUCUUCUAUGUAAACUUAUCAAUGUGGCAGUCCCUGGGACCACUGAUGAAUGAGCAAUCAAUACAAAGAAGGUGCUGAACCCUUGGGAAAGGAAUGAAAAUCUUACACUAUGCCUCAAUUCUGCUAAGGCUAUUGGGUGUACAGUAGUCAAUAUUGGCACGCAGGACUUCAAGAAUAUUUUGGUCCUGUCACUAGUUUUUUGAUAUUUCUCUGAAUAUUCUGUUCCAUGCCAAUGCACAAAGAAGUAAAAUCUAUUAACCUAAUAUUCUAUUAGGUUCUUUUCAUAUGAACCCUGAAGAUUAUCUAAAAAGUGCAUGAUAGAAAGCCUGUAAACUUCAAACAAGAUUGGAGUUUGAUAUCUAUGUUUAUUUCAUUAUUCUGCCCUUGCUUGUACAAUAGCCGAUACCAUAUGCUUGGUAAGUACAAUGUUAAGUUACAUGUUUGGUGCUGUUGCAAUGCAUAUUCUUUUUUCUUUA